AUGGCAGCAGGGGACGAGCUGGUGUCUGCGCUGGUCGUUGAGCAGCUCGAAGAGCAGGCGGAGCGGCGAGAGGGUGCAGAAGAGAUGGCAGCUUCUAUCCGCAGCGAGGCUUUUCUACGGCGAGCGUCUUCAAGUCCUGAAAUGUGCUGUUUUGUGGUCCAUAAACGUUGCCAUGAAUUUGUCACAUUCUCAUGCCCUGGAGCUGAUAAAGGGCCAGACACAGAUGACCCUAGAAGCAAGCACAAGUUUAAGAUCCACACCUAUGGCAGUCCCACAUUCUGUGACCACUGUGGAUCUCUUCUGUAUGGACUCAUACACCAAGGGAUGAAAUGUGACUCCUGUGAUAUGAAUGUCCAUAAGCAGUGUGUGAUGAAUGUGCCAAGCCUUUGUGGAACGGACCACACAGAGAGACGAGGACGUCUUUACUUGAAGAUCGAGGUGAUAGAAGACAAAAUGCAUGUCACAGUUGGGGAAGGCAAGAACUUGAUUCCAAUGGACCCGAAUGGAUUGUCUGAUCCAUAUGUAAAACUCAAGUUGAUUCCAGACCCUAAACAUGAGACGAAACAGAAAACGAAAACCAUCCGUUCUUCCCUGAAUCCAGCUUGGAACGAGUCAUUUACAUUUAAACUGAAGCCAGCAGAUAAGGACCGUCGGCUGUCUGUGGAGGUGUGGGACUGGGACAGAACCACCCGUAAUGAUUUCAUGGGCUCAAUGUCUUUUGGUGUGUCUGAGCUCAAGAAAUCCUCAGUGUGUGGAUGGUAUAAAGUGUUAAACCAGGAGGAGGGGGAGUACUACAAUGUGCCUAUUCCAGAUGAAGAUGACGAGGAUACCGAGCUCCGACAGAAGUUUGAGAAAGCCAAAUUGGGUCCACCCAAAAAAACCAUCACCACUUUUGAUGCCAGUGGAUCCACUUUACCCUCAAGCAGUGUGGACAGUGUCAAGCUCACAGACUUUAAUUUCUUGGCAGUAUUGGGAAAAGGCAGUUUUGGAAAGGUGAUGCUGGCUGAGAUGAAGUCUUCUGAUGAACUAUAUGCUAUAAAGAUCCUGAAGAAGGAUGUGGUCAUCCAGGAUGAUGAUGUUGAAUGCACCAUGGUGGAGAAGCGGGUUCUGGCUCAGCAGGACAAACCUCCAUUCCUCACCCAGCUCCACUCCUGCUUUCAGACUGUGGAUCGUCUGUAUUUCGUGAUGGAGUAUGUUAAUGGUGGUGAUCUGAUGUACCACAUCCAGCAAGUGGGCAAAUUUAAGGAGCCACAAGCAGUGUUCUACGCUGCAGAGAUUGCUGUUGGGCUUUUUUUCUUGCACAAGAAAGGAGUCAUAUACAGGGAUCUGAAAUUAGAUAAUGUCAUGCUGGAUGCAGAGGGUCAUAUUAAGGUUGCAGACUUCGGUAUGUGCAAGGAGAACAUUGUGGAGGGUGUGACCACCCGUACAUUUUGUGGAACGCCAGACUACAUUGCUCCAGAGAUAAUAGCAUAUCAGCCGUAUGGCGGUUCUGUGGACUGGUGGGCCUAUGGAGUCCUGCUGUACGAGAUGCUGGCAGGACAGCCUCCAUUUGAUGGUGAGGAUGAAGAUGAACUUUUCCAGUGCAUUAUGGAGCACAACGUCUCCUACCCUAAAUCCAUGUCCAAAGAAGCAGUUUCCAUCUGCAAAGGGCUGAUGACAAAACACCCUUCAAAACGUCUGGGCUGCAGCCUAGAGGAGGAGAGAGAUAUUCGGGAACAUGCUUUCUUCCGUCGGAUUGACUGGGAACGUCUGGAAAAUAGAGAAAUACAGCCUCCAUUCAAACCCAAAGUGGUAAGAAAAUCCAUGCAGGUCUAUUCGUGUAAGUUUGCUGAGGAGUUCACUUCAGUGCAGGCUCAGCAGAUGUGCACAUCGAGGGUGCAUAUGGAGGGACACGCCGUGUUUCAGGACGAGCUUGUCCGGAUUCUCACCAGGGCCGUGAGCUAUCUAGGUCUGGAGUGGGAAUCCCCCGAUGAACCAGCUAAAAGCAAACUGGAUUCAUGGUUCCUUCACACGGGCCGCCGAGCUGCCUCUCCAAGGACGCGAGCCCCGUUUUUCCCCGACCUGCACGACGAGGUCGAUAAGGCGUGGGCUGCACCCCAGUCGGCUCGCACCGACGCCCGUCGAGGAAUCCAUCGCAGUGCACCUCUGUCCCUCGUCUGCCUCUCUGAAGGCGGGUGCUUUGCUGCCGUCGAGGCCCUGCCAUCUGACCGCUCACAUCACAGACAAGGCAUACACCGAUCUCAGCGCUUCACACAAUGGCGGUGCUCCAAGUUUUUCAGGCACAGCUCCUGA